GAAGGGACUUCCGGCUAUGCCACGAGUCACGAGCCAACCCCGCGCCGACGGGCGAUCAUCUUCUUCUUCAAAGCGUGCCCCGAUCGCUACUCCGCAAAAACAAUCUCCUCUAAAGAAUAUUCCUCUGAACGAUGAUCGGCAAGAAAAGGCGGUGCGGCUCCAGUCUCGACAAGCUCUUCACGAUCUCCAGAUGAAUCAGCUCAAAGCAGCUGCGUCGCCAGUGCGCAGGGUGCAAACCAACGAAAGUCCCAAGACGCCAGGAUCAAAUGGGAGGGGCAGGGAAAAUGACCGGGACCCUGAACUCAUGGUAGUGGGGAGCGAAGUCUUGACGCCUCCGAAGCGGAUGCCAAUCCUGGCUAAUUUUGAAGAAUGGAUGAAGAUGGCAACAGACAACAAAAUCAAUGCCAACAACUCAUGGAAUUUUGCUCUCAUCGACUACUUUCAUGACAUGUCUCUCCUCCGCGAAGGCGACGGUGUCAAUUUUCAGAAGGCUAGUUGCACAUUGGAUGGAUGUGUGAAGAUCUAUACAAGUCGAGUGGACAGUGUCGCCACCGAGACCGGAAAGCUUCUCAGCGGCCUCGCUGAUAGUGGAAACAAGAAGCGGAAGGAUGCCGAGGAGGCGGACGGAGAAGAUGCUGAUGGCGACGAGGAAGAUGGCGAAGAGGGUAGUGGCAGGAAGACAAGGAAGCGGACGCAAAGAACUGCCGAAGCGACUCUUGCCCCGUCCUUUGCUCCGCUGCAGCUCAAGAAAUUCGAGUUGGAAUUUUCUGUCGAUCCUUUAUUCAAGAAAGCUUCAGCCGACUUUGACGAGGGUGGUGCCAAAGGCUUGCUUUUGAAUCAUCUUACAAUCGAUGCCAAAGGCCGCAUAGUAUUUGAUAGCAGCGAUGAUGCAGGCGAUGCAAUGGCCGAGGAAGAUGCAAGAAGGAAACGGACCGAUACCGCCGAGGAGGACAAAGAAGACGAAGAGGAGGUGGAGGAGGUGGAGGAGGGACGGGACGGGGGACUGGACAACGAGGAAGUUGGCGAGCCAGAGGCUGAGCCUGCAGAGGAGUGCGAAAUUGAUAUUGCAUCUCUCGGUGCUAAAUUCUUCCCGGAUCUCGGUCGAUUGGAUGAUCAGGACAUAUGUCCUUCGCUGAAAAAUCUUGACCUAGGCGAUCCUCAGGGCUCGCUGGACAUCCCAUUCCUAAAAGCGCCGGACGACUGGAGGAAAGAGCCAGAUAGGAUGGACGACAUUGGAGAUCGAUCAGGUGUCUUCCUUGACGAUGAGGAUCCGCCCGGAUUCGAUGAUGAUGAUGGCGCUUUGGGUGGAUUUGACAUCCCAGCCGACGUAGGGUUUGGUGAAGGUGGAGAAGCUUGGGCAAGAGAUGCCGCAAUUGAGCCUCAGUUGCGGGUGCACAGGAUGGAUAGAGACCCCGGAAGCGCCGAUAACGACGAUGGGGCAGUUGGUGAAUUUGAUGCUGGCAAUGGGGAGUAUGUCGUUUCUCUUGGCCCUGCUAAAGGCGCCGCAGACCAUGAAGAUAUCUUGAGUUAUUUCGACCAAGCUCUUCGCUCGAAUUGGGCAGGCCCAGAGCACUGGCGUAUCCGUAAGAUCAAGGACAACACCAAAGCCGCUCAGACGACGACGACACGAAGAAAAGAAAAGGAACCGUUCCAAAUUGACUUUAUGUCACCUCUUGAUCCUUCACUAGCUGAGGCCAUUUACACACCUGCUGCUUCGAAUACGGCCAUUUCCCUGCCAAAAACGCAAUGGAAGUCCAAGUCUCGCAAUCUCCUCCCAGACGACAAACACUUCAAUUCACGCCAGUUGCUGAGACUCUUCCUCAAGCCCAAAGCGCGCAUGGGUACUCGUCGGCCAGGAUCAGGCUCAGGAGCCAAGGCCAUAUCUUCCAACGAGCCGCCAAAUGGCGAAAUGGACGAGGAGUUCUGGGCUCGGAAUAAUGAUGCCGCCGGUCUUGGCCAGUCCGCUGAUGCUGACGCCUCGACUGCUGCACCCGCAGGCAAUUAUGAUGCCGACUUUUUCCAGGACGAUGGGCUUGCCUUCCCCGGCGGCAUCCCCGAAGACGAUGACGACGAGGACGAGUUUGCCGAUGCUAGGGAACAUUUCUCUCCAGGUGCAGAAGGAGCCGGCAUCAAUGCGAAUGGUUCCGUCGAUGGCACAGGCGCGCCUGGAGCAGAGGCUGGUCUUGACGGUCCUUUUGGCCAACACCUUGUCACCCAGAGCCGUCGUCUCCGGCCAGAAUAUAUGCAGUAUGCACGUGUCGCGAAAAAGGUCGACGUUCGUCGAUUGAAAGAGGAGUUGUGGAAGGGAAUCGGCCUGGAGGAACCUAUCCCAACGCAACAACCAGAGGAGCCUCCGACGCCCAAAUCAUCAGACGGAACCGCGGACGACGAUUCAGAACUCACAAAACCUGCUGCUCCAGCUGUUGCUUCGGAAGAGCUCAAAUUCACUAGUGUCAUGAACAACUUGCAGACCGUCUACCCUGCUCAGGCAAUGAAGGACAUUUCUACAUCUUAUUGCUUCAUUUGUCUGCUUCACCUGGCCAACGAGAAGGGCCUUGUCCUGUCGAACGAUGAUGGUCUAGAAGAGUUGAGUAUACGGAGAGAUCUCAAUGCGGAGAUUAUUGAGGGCUCAAUUUAAAGGAGCUUGUAGAUAAGAUUUGAGCUUCAGGGAGCGUUUUCGAGUCUUCAUUUUUUAUUUUUUUUAUUUUUUUAUUUUUUGGCGCGAGUUUGGCAUGACUGGGCACCGUGUGAGGUGCUGGUUUCUCCGGCGUUUGCGUGGUAUAGUAUUUUGAUAAUGAAGGAGGCUACGAAUUCAUAUAUGCCUUGUUGGCUUUAGCUUUUUUCCCUUGGUUGACCAUGGCGCGCGGAUUGAAUUUGGAAAGUUAAAAAUCUCCAUUGCCGCCGCUCCAUAAUGUGAUAAACAUGAAUGUGAAUAGAUCCCGUAAACAUCAAAGUCUAUG